AUGCCCAUAGCUCGCCGGAUCGCGAGAGCGCUAGGGAGUGGUAGUGGCCAAAUCCCAAGCAUUGAGGAGAAAAAGGAGGCACUGAAAGCAGCUGGGCACGAGGAGUUCCGGGAUGCAAAGGCAGUUGUGGAAGCAGUUUUGAAGAUGGGUGAUUGCGGUUUGUCUCGUAGAGAGAAGCUCAGCUGGGAUAGCGCAAGGGUUAAGGUCCUGGAUUUGUUCGACAAUGAGACAGCUGGUACCAUCAUUGACGCAUUACUCCAGCUUACAGAGUCGACCCGAUUGGACUAUUUCCUCCCUGCCGAUGCUGCGACCAAAUCUGCUCUACUGUCACUCGUUAGCAGGAAAAGGCGCAGAGUAGAUCCAUUUGGGGAGGUGAAAGCUCAAGCUUCUGCGCUGGCAUUGUCUUUGGAAACGUCUUAUCAAGAGAUGACAGAAGAAAAGCUCGGGAGCAUCGAUACCCGGAUAGAUCUGCUGGCGCCGGACAUUCUUACAGAAGACGCGACCUCAUUUUCAUACAUGGGACGGAAAACUACGGUGGACAUACUGAAGUUUUUCCAAGCUGUGAAGAAGGGUCCGAGCGUGUACAGCACGAACCCGAAUCUUGCCAUUCGGUUCAUAACUGGGACCCCUGGGGCUGGAAAAACGUACAGCGUUGCAGCCGCAGCUGGUUACUUAUAUGCCAGCGAGCGAAGAAAAGCUACCGGCGCUGCUGCUGUUGCGUAUAUCAACGCCCGAGUGUUCAUGGAAGAUCCAUCUUACAAUUUAUGGCGUGCGCUCAUUCUAGCCUAUGCUCGUGAUGAAGCGGCUCUCAACGCGCUGAAAUGUGUCGACUACGAAAGGCCGGACAGUCUGCUCCAAUUUCUCAAAGAGCGAAAGAAGCUGCAAAAGGUUUACCUUUUAUUCGACGAUGGCAACUCGCUACAUGACAAAGCUAUAUUCUCCGGCCAGAUCAGAUUUGCUGCUCGAUCUUUUGUCGAGUCUCUUGCUCAGGUGUGCGUCGUCGUCUUCUGUGCAUCCAUAGAAAGCAAGCUGCGCAAAGAGCUUAUAAAGGACGCUGCUCCGCCUCAACUUAUCGUUUGCGGAGGGUAUACGAGAAAAGAACUAGUUGCCUGCAUUGGCAUGUACCUCGAAACUACGGACCAGCGUUUGAUUGAUGGAGAAAUUGCUUAUACUCUGCAAAGAACUGGUUCUGUGCCGCAACUGAUUUAUCAUCACUAUUUCGGCGAGGACGGUGAACUGGAUAGUGCUAUCAGUCGGCUCAAGGAUGAGAUUGCGGACUUCAUCCUGAACCGGAGCAGCUGGGAGGUUAGUGAACUUGCCAGAGCACUACGGGGGGAGCAGGUUGCUCGCUUGACGGUUGCGAUGGAUACCCGUGCCUUCUACAGGGGUCGAGAUGGAAGAGGGAAGUGUUUAACUGGUGAACUCCGUUCGUAUGCAUUUGGCUUAAUUUCGGAGAAGGUGAAGGCGGAAAGUUUGGAGGAAGGGAAGGUUGAGGUUCGGAGGUGGCUCGGAAUGAUCAUGAAGGACAACAACCUGGUGCGCAUUGGCUGGAAUGUGGAGGAGGCUACCAUCUUGACGCUCAAGCUGCUGACCCCUUGUAUAAGAGUGGACAACAAUGACCUGAGCGAGAAAAUUUUGAUCAAGCCUGCAGGAGUGCGGACAGUCAAGGGGAAGUUUGGGAUAGAUGAGCUGAAAGAUGUGGGCCUGUCACCUACACUUUUCCUUCCGAACUUCAACCACAUCGGAGCCGAUGUUUUCUACUCCGAUGAGGAGUGGUUAGUCGUCUUCCAGAUUACCGUUGCUAACAAUCCCGAGAAGCAUCAUAAGAGAACUCUAGAGGUUGCAGACGAGUUGUUUGCAGUGACACAAAGAAGGACGAUGCUAGUUUGGGUGGUGUACACUCCUACAGAGACAGAUACUUGGGUGGUUAAGGAUUGGGAACACCCUCAUGUUACUCAAGUUUUCAUGUCUUUCGGUCAGCUGUCCAGCCAUCUCAAGGAUAUCGAUUCCGCACUUCGGGUGCUCAAGAGCAAUCGCUACUCAAAGAAGCCGGCCGAGGACGUCUGUCCAGAGUGCAAGUGUGCUGAAACCUGCAGGGAUGAUAAGUGGAUAAGCUGUACUUACUGUAACGUCUGGUUUCACUGGCUCUGCACCACUGCUACUGAGGAAACUUGGGAGUUGUGGUUGUGUGAUAACUGCCGUGCUCCUGAUGAUGAUCCCGAUGUGGAAUUGCCUCCACCAGUUCCGGAUGCUGGUCGAAGGCGUGGAAUCUCCUUCUAGUCGUAGCUUCUUC